UCCAAUUAGGCACAUACAUAAAAAGAAGCAAACCACACAGCCACAUAUCCUAAUUCAUUUUAUCCGUAGAAGCAAACAAAUUUUCUCUCUUUCUCUCUCCUUCGACCCACAAACUUUUAAGUUUAAGGUACACAGCUCGGAGAGCGCCGGAAGUCCCUACUAGAAUCCAGGGACUGUGCCCCUUGAACAGAGGAGAGGUAAAUGGGGCAGGUCCCGGUCAGUCUGUGUUAACAUCAACACCAAUGUGAUUCCCAUGAGCUUCUGAGCCGAAAGCCCCCGAAUCUUCGCCCGCCCGUUUCACUUCCGCGCCGGAGGAAAUGGGAUUCGAACCACUUUCUUGUUCCUAUUAACAAAAUAUCCCCUACUCAUUGUGCAUAUUAUCUGCAUAUUCUAUAUCAUAUAGUUGUGUAUAUUUUUUAUAAGGUUACACAUAUUUUGAUAAAUAUCAUAUAUGUGUAUAAAGUUUUAGGGAUUGGACAUUUUUGAAAAGUGGUAUUGGAAAAAUGUGUUUUUUAAAUUCCCCAUUACAACUUACUUUUAUAGUUUUGUUAGAAUUGUUUUGUGAUGAAAUUUUUUUACAGUAUUUACAUAAUAAGAUAGUGUUCAAAAUUACAUUAAUCUAACUAAGGACCAUAACAUUUUUUAUUAAUUUAUAGAGAUUAGUAGUUUAUUAAAUAUUAAUUUAUAGAGAUUUUACUGUAAUUAGGGUGCUUCUGUGGUUUUGGUUAGCGCCGUUUUUCUUUUGUGGUUAGUCGUCCACUUGACAUGCUAUCCUAUUUAUUUUUCUCUAAAGGUUAUGAAAUAUUCAAUUAACUAUAAACUAUUCACUUUUUAUAAACUAUUCAUUUGUGUGUAGGAAGCAAAAUGAGUUUUUGGUGGUAUAUCAUUGUUGCCUUCUUCUUCUUUUUAUCUAUGUUCAUUGUAAAGAACACGAGAGCAAAAAGGAAGAAUCUACCUCCCGGACCACCAAGACUUCCUAUAAUUGGCAACUUGCACCAACUGGGAUCAAAACCUCAUCGUUCGAUGUUCAAAUUAUCCAAAAAAUAUGGACCCCUAAUGUCUCUUAAGUUUGGAAGCGUGUCUACUGUUGUGGCAUCUACACCAGAGACAGUGAAGGAAGUCUUAAAAACGUUUGAUCUAGAAUGUUGUUCGCGACCUUAUAUGACUUAUCCUGCAAGAAUUACACACGAUUAUAAAGAUCUUGCCUUUUCUUUCUACAACAACUAUUGGAGGGAAGUACGAAAGAUGACAGUUGUUGAGCUCUACACUGCAAAAAGGGUAAAAUCAUUUCAAUAUAUAAGAGAAGAAGAAGUUUCAUCCUUUGUCCAAUUCCUUAAAGAGUCUGCUUCGUUGGAAAAACCAGUUGACUUCAACCAAAAGUUAGUGAAACUCUCUGGGAAUGUGAUUUGUAAAGUUGCAUUUGGGAUAACUCUAACAGGGAGCAAACUUGAGAAUACUUUUGAGGAAGUCGUUCAAAGAACCAUGGAGGUGGUAGGGAGCUUUGCCGCAGCAGAUUACUUCCCAGUUGUUGGUAAAAUCAUCGAUAGGAUCACAGGAUUACAUAGCAAAUGUGAGAAGGUUUUUAAGGCACUAGAUUCAUUUUUCGAUCAAUCUAUAAAGCAUCACCAAGAAGAUGAAAGUAUCGAUGAUGAUAUCAUUGCUUUGCUCCUCAAGAUGGAAAGGGGAGAAACUGUGCUGGGAGAGUUUCAACUAACUCGAAACCACGUCAAAGGAAUUAUUCUGAACCUUCUUCUUGCGGGAACAGACACUGCUGCCAAUAUCGUGACAUGGGCGAUGACACAUUUGAUUACUAACCCAAGAGUUCUGAAGAAAGUGCAAGCAGAGAUGAGAGAAGUGAUCAAAAACAAAGAUGAUAUCACCGAAGAUGCUAUAGAACGACUCGAGUAUUUGAAAAUGGUGAUCAAAGAAACAUUUAGGAUAAACCCAGUUGUGCCACUACUAAUUCCAAGAGAGGCUUCAAAAGAUCUAAAGAUUGGAGGUUAUGACAUUCCAAAGAAAACUUGGAUCCAUGUCAACGUAUGGGCUGUUCAUAGGAAUCCAGACGUUUGGAAAGAUCCGGAAGCUUUCAUCCCUGAGAGGUUUAUGGAUAGCGAGAUUGACUAUAAAGGUCUAAAUUUUGAGUUGUUGGCGUUUGGUAGCGGAAGGAGAGUGUGCCCAGGUAUAGGAAUGGGUAUGACUUUGGUACACUUGGCUCUUAUCAAUCUUCUUUACCGUUUCGAUUGGAAGCUUCCUGAAGGAAUGAAGAUUGAAGAUGUUGAUCUUGAAGAAUCUUAUGGACUUGUUAGUCCUAAGAAAAUUCCACUUGAGCUUGUCCCCAUCCUUACCCAAUGGACUUGACUUCACUUCACUUUUUAAUUUCAUAGUUCAAAAUAAAUAAUGUGAAGAUCUUAUACCAAUAUUACCAUAUCAUAAAUAAUGUGAAGAUAUUAUACCAAUAUUACCAUAUAUCAAUAAAAUGUUUGUUCAAUCCGA